AGCGCUCACGUGGCGCGCGACCCGGAGGCGGAAGCGGCGGGCGCGGCCAGGGCUCCGGGGCGGCGAGGAGUGGGUGUCCCCUAGGGCUCGGUGUGUCCCGCGGCCCCAUGCGCCCCGCCACGCUGCCCCGCGCCGCCCUGCUGGCGCUCCUGGCAGCGCUGCUGGCCGCGCGCUCCGCCGUGGCCGAAGUCCCGCUCCUGGUGCGUGUGGACGCGGCCCGCGCGCUGCGGCCCCUGCGGCCCUUCUGGAGGAGCACCGGCUUCUGCCCCCCACUGCCACACAGCCAGGCUGAGCAGUACGACCUCAGCUGGGACCAGCAGCUUAACCUGGCCUACGUGGGUGCUGUUCCGCAUGGUGGCAUCGAGCAGGUCCGGACCCACUGGCUGCUGGACCUCAUCACGGCCAGGUGGGUGAUGGAGGGAGUAGCAGCUGGGCACAGCCCACUUUGUGGAGAUGAAGACAGGCUGAGAGAGGAGGUGGUGUCCGGGUGUGGAGGACGGAGCAGCCGUAGCGGUGGGAGCACGGGAGAGGAUGAAUCCUGCUCUGGGGAGCCGUUGUCCCUGCAUGUCCCAGCUAAGGGGUCAGCCAGAGAGGGCCUGAGCUACAACUUCACUCACCUUGAUGGGUACCUGGACCUUCUCAGGGAGAAUCAGCUCCUCCCAGGCUUCGAGCUGAUGGGCAGCCCCUCAGGAAGCUUCACCGACUUUGAGGACAAGCAGCAGGUGUUUGACUGGAAGAAUCUGGUCUCCCUCCUGGCCAGGAGAUACAUUGGUAGGUAUGGACUCCAGCACGUUUCCCAGUGGAACUUUGAGACAUGGAAUGAACCGGACCACGGUGACUUCGACAACGUGUCCAUGACCAUGCAAGGCUUCUUGAACUACUACGAUGCCUGCUCUGAGGGCCUGCGGGAGGCCAGCCCUGCUCUGUGCCUGGGUGGCCCUGGGGACUCCUUCCAUCCCCUGCCGCGCUCCCCACUGUGCUGGGGCCUCCUGAGCCACUGUUACAAUGGCACCAACUUCUUCACGGGGGAGGUGGGCGUGAGGCUGGACUACAUUGCCCUGCACAAGAAGGGUGCGGGCAGCUCCAUCUACAUCCUGGAGCAGGAGAAGGUGGCACUGCGGCAGAUACAGCGGCUCUUCCCCAGAUUUGCCGACACCCCCAUUUACAACGACGAGGCCGACCCUCUCGUGGGCUGGUCCCUGCCUCAGCCCUGGAGAGCUGACGUGACCUAUGCCGCCAUGGUCGUGAAGGUCAUCGCGCAGCACCAGAACCUGCUGGUGGCCACCAGCCCCUUCCGCUACACACUCCUGAGCAACGACAACGCCUUCCUGAGCUACCAUCCGUACCCCUUCUCACAGCGCACGCUCACUGCACGCUUCCAGGUCAACAACACGCACCCGCCACACGUGCAGCUGGUGCGCAAGCCUGUGCUCACUGCCAUGGCGCUCCUGGCCCUGCUGGAUGGCGAGCAGCUCUGGGCUGAAGUGUCACAGGCCGGGGUGGUGCUGGACAGCAACCACACAGUGGGCGCCCUGGCCAGUGCCCACCGGCUGGCUGGCCCCACUGAUGCCUGGCGCGCCACAGUGCUGGUCUAUGCCAGCGAUGACACCCAUGCACACGCCAACCACAGCGUCAUCUUGACCCUGCACCUGCAUGGGGUGCCACCAGGCCCCAUGCUAGUCUAUGUCACGCUGUACCUGGACAACUGGCUCUGCAGCCCCUACAGUGAAUGGCAGCGCCUCGGCCAUCCAGUCUUCCCCUCCGCGGAGCAGUUCCGGCGCAUGCGCGCGGCCGAGGACCCAGUGGCCACAGCGCCGCGCCCUUUCCCUGUGGGCGGCCACCUGACGCUCCGCCCUGAGCUCCCGCUGCCUUCGCUCCUGCUGGUUCACGUGUGCGCACGCCCCGAGAAGCCGCCAGGCCAGGUGACCCGGCUCCGUGCUCUGCCCCUGACCCGCGGGCAGCUUCUUUUGGUCUGGUCGGAUGAGCACGUGGGCUCCAAGUGCCUGUGGACAUACGAUGUCCAGUCCUCCCCGGAUGGUGAGAGCUUCACCCCCGUCAGCAGAAGGCCAUCCACCUUCAACCUCUUUGUCUUCAGCCCAGACACGGCUGUCACCUCUGGCUUCUACCGGGUUCGAGCUGUGGACUACUGGGCCCGGCCAGGUCCCUUUUCAGACCCUGUGCAGUACAUGGAGGCCCCUGCCCGGUGAGGGCCUCUACUUCCCAGCGAGCGUGAGCCUGUGCUGGCCAGCAAGCCUGGGCAGCCGGGAGCCGAGGUGGGCUGGAUCACCACCGGCCACUCAUCAUUUGUCAGCUCUGUCCAUCUCCUCCCGUCCCCUCAAGUCCCCCGACUCAUCCCUUAAAGGACCUUUCUGCA